GCAGAGUAGCAUUGUGGGAAGUCUGGGAAUCGCCGAGGGAGGAAGCGCUGAGGUGUGAAGUGCACAUCCAUGACCAGCCGCAGACUUCAGGUCCCAUUUACAAGUUCCAGCCACCCCCUUAACACUCAAAAAAAAAAAAAAAAAAAAAAAAAAGACCCAGACCAGCCUGCUGACUCAGGAGGAGGAGGAGGAGGAGGAAGAGGGAUGCAGGGAGCACACACCUUACCUCCCUCUUCCCUCCCUCCCUCCCUUCCACGCUUCCUUGCUCCCUCACUUGCGUCUCCUCACUCAGCGGCAGCCUUGCACAACACAACAACACACACACAUACACACACACACACGCACACACACACAUACGCACACACAUGCACACACACACACACACGAAGCGGCAUCCUCAACACAAAGUCAGACGCCCUUGGACUGCAGCGGGGGAGGAUGCGUGUGCGCUCCUGGGAGACGUUUAUUGAGACGGGUGUGGUCCUGCUGACCGUCUUCAUGCUGAUGAUGUCCAUGGGACGCCUCACCACCACAGCUACUGCACCGCUGCAGGACGAAAGCAGCGUGGCCUCCAACAGCCUGGAGGAGCUCCAGGUGACAGCGUUCUGGUGGGGCGAGUGGGCUAAGUGGACAGCGUGCACGCGAACCUGUGGCGGAGGCGUCAAGUCACAGGAGAGACACUGCCUCAAACAGAGAAAGAAAGUUCCCGCCUUCAAGGACAACGUGACCUGCUCGGGAACCUCCAAGAGAUACCACCUGUGCAACACACAAGACUGUCCGGCCAGUGGACGAAGCUUCCGAGAAGAGCAGUGCUGGUCCUUCAACUCCCAGCUCUACAAUGGCCGCAGCUACCAGUGGAAACCGCUCUACCCAGAUGACUACGUGCACAUCUCCAGCAACCCGUGCGACCUGCACUGCACGACCGCCGACGGUCAGCGGCAGCUGAUGGUGGCGGCGCGCGACGGCACGUCUUGCAAGUACAGCAGCUACCGCGGUGUCUGCGUGGACGGUAAGUGUGAGCCGAUCGGGUGCGAUGGCGUUCUCUUCUCAUCCAACACGCUGGACAAGUGUGGAGUUUGUCAGGGCGAUGGCAGCAGCUGCAGCAGGGUCACCGGAAACUUCCGUCGUGGGGCCACCACGCUCGGUUACGCCUUCAUCACGCAAAUCCCCGAAGGAUCAUGGGACAUCCAGGUCAUCGAGAGGAAAAAGUCAGCCGACGUUCUUGCCGUUACCGACCAGGCGGGCAAUUUUUUUUUUAACGGCGCUUACAAAGUGGACAGCCCUCAGAACUUCCACGUGGCGGGCACAAUCUUCAAGUACCGCCGCCCCAUGGACAUCUACGAAACGGGCAUUGAGUACAUCGUCGCCAAGGGGCCCCUGGACCAGCCGGUCAACAUAUUGGUAUGGAACCAGAAUGGCCGCACGCCAUACAUCACGUACGAGUACACGGUCCUGAGAGAUUCCCUGCCACCUGUGCCGCCUCCGCCCAUCUACACGGGCGCCGACAGCUCGGUAGAGGCCGGUCCCCUGCCGGCGCCCAACGCCAGUCGCUACCAGCAGACACCCACCGAGGGGCAUAUAGAAGACGACGCCCAGCAGGAGACCAAUGAAGUCUAUGAGGAGACCGCACAAAUACAUUGUGACACGGAGACACACUUCAUAGGGGGGAACAGUAGCCAGAUGGGAAUAACCGCCAACCCGAUACCCACCGACGUGCCCCUGGACCCGGAGGCAGACGCCCCUAACCUCAUCUGGAGGGUUCUUCUGGAAGGACGUGUGGGCCCAGAUGAGCUGCUCAUCAACAUUUCCACCAAUCAACUGCUGGAUACGGAAGGAGACAACUUGUUCUCGGCCGAAGCAGAACCCGACGGCCUGCUUGAACGCAACCAGACCCUGCAGUUCACGCUUGGUCGUAGGCGCAAUGACAGCAGCGCAGACGUUUCAUACCACAACAAGACGCUGCACGUCGUGGGCAGGGGCGGUGGCCGCUCCAACAGAACCAGGGGGAAUCCAAGGAUCUACCAGAAAAACCUGAAGCUAAGUCCAGCUGAUAUGUACCGCUGGAAGCUUUCCUCCCAAGAGCCCUGUAGCAUGACCUGCUCCAUUGGCGUGUCCAGGUCCUUUGUCACGUGCAUCCGCUAUGAUGGCGUGGAGGUGCACGAUAUGUACUGUGACGCGCUGACCCGACCCGAACCGGUCCACGACUUCUGCAUUGGGCGGGAGUGUCAACCUAGGUGGGAGGCCAGCAGCUGGAGUGAGUGCUCGCGGACCUGCGGCGAGGGAUUCCAGUUCCGGCAGGUCCGAUGCUGGAAGAUGCUGUCGCCCGGCUUGGACAGCUCUGUCUAUAGUGACCUGUGUACCGUGGCUGACCUGGAGAGACCCAUAGAGAGGCGACCCUGCAAGAGCCCCGCCUGUGGCCCGCAGUGGGAGGUGGCCGAGUGGACGGAGUGUUCUGCCAAGUGUGGCCGAAGAGAUCAGGUGACCCGGGAUGUCCGCUGCUCCGAUGAAAGCCGCCCGUGUGACCCCAUGACCAAACCGCCCAGCGUCAAGAACUGCACGGGUCCACCCUGCGAACGCCACUGGACUGUGUCUGAGUGGGGCCCCUGCUCGGGCCCGUGCCCGCACGGGAGGAUGGUGCGCCACGUUUACUGCAAGGCCCCCGAGGGCCGAGUUGUGGCCGAGGCCCAGUGCCCCAGCGACGAGAAGCCGCUCGCUGUCCAGCCCUGUGGGGAGAGGGAUUGCCCCGCCCACUGGCUUAAUCAGGACUGGGAAAAGUGUAAUACCACUUGCGGCCGUGGCGUCAAACGGAGGAUCGUCCAGUGCGUGGGCAUCAGCGGCGGUAAGUUCCUAGUCUUUGACGAGGAGGCGUGCGGCGCCGACGAGAGGCCCGAAGAUGAGAGCACCUGCUUCGAGCGGCCCUGCUUCAAGUGGUACACCACACCCUGGUCCGAGUGCACCAAGACAUGCGGGGUGGGCGUGAGGAUGCGUGACGUCAAGUGUUACCAGGACCGCGAGCUGGUGCGAGGGUGCGAUCCACUCACCAAACCCGUGGCCAAGCAGACGUGCAGUCUCCAGCCGUGUCCCACCGAGCCUCCAGAUGAAAGCUGCCAGGACCGGCCCACUACCAACUGCCUGCUGGCCCUCAAGGUCAACCUGUGCAGUCACUGGUACUACAGCAAGGCCUGCUGCCACUCUUGCCGUUCACUGCGACCGCCCGUGUCCUAAAAACCCGAACCCCACACCUCCCCUCGCUCGUGCAUGUGGACUUUCUUCAUCAGGAAGCUCGAGUGCAACGUUUACAAAAAAGGUUUUGCUGUCGGGCAUCCUCACCAUUUCUUUGGGAUCCUGCCCUCAUCUUUUGACAACAUCCCUCCCUUCUCCCUUCUUAAUCCCAGCAUUCAUCACUCUGUCCCGUCAUCCUUGCUUCUUUUCUUGCUCUGUCCAUCAUUCCCUUGCACUUGGUCUCUUUAUAGUAACCCAGUCUAUCUUUCCCGCCCACGCGUGUGUCUUUCAACCUUAAAUGAGCCUUUACACUUGAACCAGAACAAUGAUGAUGAAGUACCAAGAUGAAGCUCUUCCUGUGGCCUGAAAGCAAACGGCGUGCGACAAUCUUCUAAUCCGUUAAAUCUUAUUUAACGGUAACAGCGAGUGAAAUGCGCACGCCGAGCUAUUUAUUAGUUAUUGCACGUUACAAUUUUUUUUUUUUUUUUUACGUUAGCGUGACCGCCUGACGUUUUUCCGUCGGGUCCCAUAAAAA